GUCUAAAAAAUGACCAAGCUUCCGCGGCGGUUUCAGUACCUAAAAGCAGUCGCGAGAGAUAGGAUUUUGACACUAAAUUUAAAAGUUUUCUCGACUCCGCGUUCGCCUCAUGUCUGCGUAAUAACGAGGGGGCGCUCUGGGCUUUGCGGGAGAGCUGUUGUUGCUAUCAGGCUCCUCUCUCCUCGUCGCGCCUUUAAUUGCCUGUAACGGCUUCACGGGCCAUGUAGUGGAGGAAACGCGCGUUAAGUGCUCGGGUUGGAAGCGCGUUGCUACCUGUGGCUGAGGCUGAGGCUUUUGGGUUUGGCGAAGGUGCAUCUUCUAAGGGACGCUGUUGCCUCUCCAGCCUCGCGCAUCCACACGCAUCCACAAUGAGGCAAAGGACCGCGCGCAACCACUAUGUUCUCGGCCUGACGUUGUUUACUCUCCUGAUGACGAGGCAGUGUAGCGCUCGAUACGUCGGCCCGCGAGACGAGGAAAUUAAGGAACGUCUUAAUAGUAUCUCGAGGCUUAUUGAUAUUCUGUUGGAUGUGACUAAUUGCACGGACUACGUCACAAUUCCCGAGGAUGGAAGCGAGACCCCGGCGGCUACUCCCUUGCCCCCUCCUCCUGACUCCUAUCCCCCCUCCUCCUCCUCUUCCUCUUCCUCUUCCUCCUCCCCUCCGCUGGACUCCUCUUCCCCAGACACCUCCGUAGCUGAAGACCCCUCCACAUCCGCCCCCUCCUCUUCCCCCUCCUCAACCCCUUCCCCCUCUCAAGAUAGUUCCUCCCCCUCCCCUGGCUCCUCCCCCUCUCCUGACACCUCCACUCCUUCUCCUGACUCCUCCUCCACUCCCUCCUCUGAUAUCUCGUCCUCUACCCCUGCCCCCUCCCAAGACACGUCGUCCCCCUCCCCCGACACAUCCUCCACCACCCCCUCCCCCUCCCCUGACACUUCCACCCCCUCCUCUGACACUUCCACCCCCUCUCCUGACACCUCCUCCACCACCCCCUCCUCUGACACCUCCACCCCCUCUUCUGACACCUCCUCCACCACCCCCACCCCUGACACCUCCUCCCCCUCUCCUGACACCUCCUCCACCACCUCCACCCCCUCUUCUGACACCUCCACCCCCUCCCCAACCCCCCCGGAUGAAUGCCAAUACUCAGACUUCACCCUGAGUCACACGGCUCUCCUCCCCGCGAAACCCGAGUGUCAGAUAAACAAGGACGACCUGUCCGAGGAGGAGAAGGAGCAGAUCCUCCGACUCCACAACGAGCUAAGGGCAAAGGUGGCUCGCGGAGAGGAGCAACAGGGGGCACCAGGACCUCAACCACCUGCGGCCGAUAUGAGAGAGCUAAUUUGGAACGACGAGUUAGCAAAGGUGGCGCAGGCGUGGGCGUCUCAGUGUCCGCACGGCCACGACGACUACCCGCAGCGCCGGAUCUGUUCCCGUGACUACGAGGUUGGACAGAACAUUCACUACUACUGGGGUUACGAACCUGAGCCGGACUGGUACCGGGCAGUGAACUCGUGGUACGGCGAGGUGGUUGAUAUGCCCAAGGAGGUAGUUGCUGCCUUCAAGAAACAGUCGAACGCGGUGAUCGGGCAUUAUACGCAGGUCGUCUGGGGUUCCACGCACGAGGUGGGCUGUGGCAUCAUCUACUACAUGACGGAGAAAGGUGGCAAGGUGUUCCCCGCGAGUAAAACGUACGUGUGCAACUACGGAGGAAGCGGAAAUAUAAGGAACCGGCCUUUGUAUACCGAGGGUCCUGCCGCGUCCGCCUGUCUGAAUGGAACGUCUCCAACGUACCCUGAUCUGUGUCUGUAAAGAUUUUUUUUUCCGCUUUUAUUUUCUUUCUUUGUCUUUCUUGAUCUCGCUUUUGCUUACUCUUGAUCUCGGUCUUGUUCUUUCUCUUUUGCUCUUUCUCUCUCUUGCUCUCCCACUCCGUGUUGCAUUUAAAAGGCGUGAAAGGUACUUUAUAAAUAUGUGUAUGUCUAAAGGUGUCUCUGAUUAAAUCUUAUUGAAAAA